GUGUCUAAAACCCUAACCAAAACCUCGAAGUCCCCAAAAAAGAUGUCAUCUUGUAUUCGUCUUCGCCACCUCCGCCGCUUUUCGACCACCACCAAUGUCGCAGCUGGCGUUAACUCAUCCUCCAUCUCAUUUUCCCAAGCCAAAAGCAAACUCCUCACUGAAUACGACCCUGACAAUGCCCUCGAAAUUUACUCUUCCGUUUCCAAACACUGCUCUUCCCUUUCUUCACGCUACGCUCAAGACCUCACCGUCCGCCGCCUCGCCAAGUCCCGCCGUUUCUCCGAGAUCGAAUCCUUAAUCGAGUCCCACAAAAACGACCCCAAGAUUUCUCAGGAGCCUUUCCUCUCCACUCUCAUCAGAUCGUAUGGGAUCGCUGGCAUGUUAGAUCACGCCAUCAAAACUUUCCAUCAAAUGGACCAAUUUGGUACCCCACGAUCAACCAUUUCCUUCAACACCUUACUCUCUGCUUGCAGCCAGUGGAGGCAGUUUGAUAAAGUCCCCCAACUGUUCGACGAAAUUCCCAAGAAAUACGAAGGCGUUUCACCAGACGAAGUUUCCUAUGGGAUUUUAAUUAAAGCUUAUUGCGAAGCUGGUAAUCCGGAGAAAGGGCUCGAGGUUUUAAGAGAGAUGGAAAGGAAAAACGUUGAGGUGACUACGGUUACUUAUACAACAAUUUUAAAUGCUUUGUAUAAGAAGGGGAAAACAAAGGAGGCUGAGAUUUUGUGGUUUGAGAUGACGAAGACCGGUUGUGAAUUAGAUGUUGCUGCUUAUAACGUACGAAUUUCAUGCUUUCAAGGCAGAGAUCCGGAGAAAGUGAAGGAGCUGAUUGAUGAUAUGAGCAGCCUGGGUUUGAAGCCGGAUACCAUUAGUUAUAAUUAUCUAAUGACAAGUUAUUUUAAGAGAGGCAUGUUGGAUGAAGCUAAGAAGGUUUAUGAAGGAUUAAAAAGUAAUGGGUGCAACCCAAAUGCGGCUACUUUUAGGACUAUGGUGUUUUAUUUGUGUUUAAAUGGAUUGCACGAGCAAGGUUAUAAGGUGUUCAAAGAGAGCGUAAGGUUAAAUAAGAUUCCAGAUUUUAACACAUUGAAGUAUUUGGCAGAGGGAUUGGUGAUGAAAAAGAUGACCAAGGACGCUAAAUGGUUGAUCAGGACGGUAAAGAAGACGUUUCCUCCUAACUUUUUGAAUGCAUGGACGAAGCUCGAGAAAGAACUUGGUUUGUCUUCUUGCAGUGAUGGUAAUGCUGAAGCCUGAAACUCAAGAGGCCAAAGAAUCUGCUGGUUAGAAGUGAAAUUGUAGCAGUUCUUUGCCGGUU